UUUUCGCUACCUAACGUUGCUCCGGAACGUUUCCCGCCGCGAAACUGCGAUCGUAUUUGAAAUUUUCUUUUGAGAGUAGUCAGUUAGCGCGAGGGUUCCUGUGGACACACAAUGUACUGAGUCGAGAGUGCGACGCGGGCGAUGUGCCGCCGGUGCGAGCCGGCCUGGGCGGGAGCGCUGCCCGCCGCCUGAGCCCGGGCGGGAUGGACUGCUGCAACUACGGGCAGGCGCGGGCGCAGUCCGCCGCAGGCGCCGCCUGGCCCUACGCGGGCUACUACCACCACCCCGCGCCGCCUGACCACUUCGCGCGGCACUACCGCUACCACACAUACCCUCCGCCCCACCACCCAGACCAUGCUGUACCACAGGACUACGGUGCUUAUUCGAUGAAGGAUGUGCGCGCGCGCCGGUCCCUGUCAAGAAGAGAGCAACGUGUGCAUCCGGCCUUACAUUUUCCACUGGCGCACACGCCGCCGCUGGACUGUGGAGUCGGAGGGCGCGGUUACAAUUAUUGCGAGCCGCAAAUGUGGCCACAGUAUCAGAUGGGUCUGUUAGGAGGGAACGGGUGGAAUGGUGCUAAUACUGUCGGAGGAAUGUGGGCACCUCACAAUCUGUGCUCACGAGAACAAAUGCGGUACCCGUCUGACUACAGACUCCUGAAGACUCCUCAAAAUCAUGUCGGUUCGCAUGAUGGACGGUCCACACCAUAUCCGGUCUAUGACCAAGCUGCAUAUAAUAGCGAGACCGAGGCAAAACGCGUUCCAGAAUAUUCCACUCGCAAAAUUCCAAAGGAGACGAAGUCAGUCCGAGAUACCGCCUUGAGGGAGCACCAUAAACCACCCGAGGAAAAGCGACCCAUAGUUCCGCUGCCAGCAUUCCAGCAAGCGUUUGGUUCUACAGAGAUUGGCAAAUUCGCAGAAGCGUUCAGCCGUGCGGAGGUCGCUCAGGAAGCCGACGAGUCUUGCGAGAAUUUCCUUUACGACUCCUUCAAUGAGUGGGAUGGUUCCCUCGAUGCACAAUGGUCCCAAGCCAAUCCUAAAGAAAUCAAAUGCGAGGACAGCUUUUAACCGAAAGCUGUCAUAGCACUAGUCAAAUUUUGGGCGAUACAGCCUCUAGGCAAAUAAACUCUUUUUGCUUUCAGCACCACGUUGCCAAAGCCGUAAUCGAUGUUGUCCGUAAAGCCAACACGAAAUAGUAGAAGUAGUAAUAAUGUGAUAUAUUUUAAAUGUGAAUGAGAGUAAUGUGUAAUAGUGGUGUGAAAUUUAAUUUAUAUGUAUACAGUAAUUAUAAUAGAACCUAUUGAUUAUUAGCUCAUUAAAUAACUAUAUUAUUGUCUCAAAAUAAACGUUGAUCAAGCACGAGGCGGAGUUAAGAAUGAUGUUACUGAUAUUCUAAAUGUGGAAAUAUUAUAAGACGUCUGAACAUAAUUUGUGCCUUUAGCCGGCGAGUGAGGCCGCUAGUCGCGCGGCGUCGCAACUCAACCAAUCGCCACAAAUAAUAUCAUUAUUUACAAUAGUAAUUAUAGGGACCAACGUUUAGACAAAUAUACAUCCUAACGUGUAGAGAUCUAUUCGCAAUAAGUUCAACGAGUAAUUCAUCAUUCAGGGGACUUUUACAAAAUUUAUCAAUAGCAGUUAGAAUUGUAAGGAAGUCUCGAUUUUGGUGAAUUGGCGAAGAGAUAAAAUAUUUACUGCAAGAGAUCAAUGUACAAUGGUUAAUCUAUAUUUAUUAUUAAGCUGUUUGAGAACUCACGUGAGUACAUUGUACACCAAAUAACGUACUUGAUUUAUAAAAAAUUGUUUCAUAAAACUGUCAUAGUCAAAUGUUAAAAAAUAUUUGAAUUUUAUUCAGAUUUGGCAUUAUUAGAUACAUAUUAUAAUUCUUUGGACGAAGUAACCACUGGACUCAAAGUCAGGGCUUUGUUGGCCUUUGCUACUCUAGCCAUUUACUUAACCUUUUAAUCUCAGUAACAAAGCUAAUUAAUAAUAAUAAUUAAUAAACAAUUUGGCGUUCUCAAUAUCACGCGCGAUCUCGAUUUGACCUACAAUCUCAGAAAGGGAUAAAUGCUGUAUUGUUCUGUAAAAAUAGUAGCUGACAAUCAGUGAAUGUGUCAAUAUGCAUAUAUGAAGCCUCAACCUGAGACUUGAACAAGACAUAUUAUAAGAUUUAUCAACGAUACGUCACUCGAACGGUUGGCUCAUUGGGAGAGCGAGUCCCGCAUCGUCCAUAAGUUUUGUUUUUAAAUUGAAUUUGUGAAAUUUAUCCCAGAAGUGAGGGUUAUCACUUUAAAAAAUAACAAAUUCUUAACCUCUAUUUUGAGCGAUACACGCAUACUAACACAAAGUGACAUAGAAAUCGCGAGUGUAAGUAGCUUGUCACUCACACUAAAGUAAUAAACCUGGCCUGUUUCCAUCGGUUGUCUAGUAGCAAGAGGCUCUAUCUAGACGUAUAAAUUAUCUAAGAUAAUUUGGUUGGAUUACAUGUAUCACUCAUUCAUUCACUUGUCAUUUUUAUUUCAUGUAGAGCCUGAACCCCUUCUGUAUUUACUUGACAAUUGUGGUCCCUUCAACUCGGCACUUCUUAGGCACGGUGUCCAGUGGUUUAUUCGAGCAAGGAUGACUUGACACAACUUGGGUUGAUGGGGCAUUGAAGACGUCGCGCGAAAAUCAUUGAAAAGAAUCAAUAAUGUUCGCAUUACAUAUUGCAUUAGGUAGCUGAAAAUUUACUAAUGGUAGCUUAUGAUAAGAAUGGCUUUUUAAAUUUAAAUUCAUGGGUCCAAAUUAAAAGUAGCUCGAGAAUAAACCGUGAGAUCAUUCGCAUACAAAAGUACUACUCGUACAGUCUAGAAAACAACAAAUUAUUGAUGAUGACUCAUAAGAUGUUUAAUGGCAAUAAAUACGCUAUUACGUUACUUCUUUUCUUUAUUAGGUAAAUUAAAAUGUCUUAAACUUCAACUUUUUAUAACGCUGCACACAUUUUUGGAAAAUAAUUGCAUUUUACUCCGAAACCACGUUAGCUAAAAUGAAUAUAAUCUUGAAAUAGUUUACUUAAACGUAAUUAAUUCAGAUUAGUAAGAUCUAGAACUAGAUAUUUACCUUAUCAUUACAUUCCAUUUUUAUUUACGCAUAUUAUAGAGGUUAUUAAUUAUAUAUAGGAGAAUUGCAUGGAACUAAAAUCUUCCGUUAGUCUUCAUUUUUUAGAUUAACCUUAUAACUUAUAGCCUCUUUCGAUUUAAAAGAAUUGGAGUGCCUUAUAUAAUUAAUAUAAUUAAUAAAUCUAGAUCAAAAUUUUUAUUCUAGUGUAAUUGUUUGAACACCACGUUAGAGUAAUGAUAAUGUCUCCUUAAUUAAAAUAAUCCCUAGCGAGUAGGUGUCAGAAUUAUAAUAAUAUUAUCUAAUGUUAUAUUUAUAUUAAACAUUUAUUUUAUAGCGAACGCAAAGUAUUAUUAAUCGAUAAAAUAUGUGCGUUGGUCAUUAAAUAGUAUUUUGAUUGACCGAAUCUAAAUAUAUUUUAUAUCAUAGGUUAUUCAACGUUAUGUAGCGUUUUAAUUAAAGAUAUUUCUUGUUUACCCUGAGAAUUGACCCGAAAUGGGGCAAUUAAUGAAACCAUGUCAUAAAAUAUCAUAGUUGAUGGUUAUAGUAAAAAGGAUUUCACAUUUUACUUUUCAAGUUGUAAUUUGGAGUAAUUAACAAUAAUCUUAUAAGGUUAUUACUAUGUCUGUAUACUUCACUAUUUCUAGUCUUCUAUGCUAAGUAUAAUGUAUCUUAGAAAACUUGGGUCUAGAAUUUUUCAAUAUCAGUUAAUUUAACACUAUUUAGUGCUUAGACAUACCAUUUUUGUAUUUGGAUUUUAUGAACGUACAUCUUUUAUUUAAUUGGUUAAAGUGAAAUGUGUGACCAAUGUGUAAAUAAUUAUUCAAUUCAAUAAUUUUCAUUGUGGAAGUUUUAGUAACUAUACAACAAUCACUUAAUUAAAUAUAUUGACUCGAAAAGAAAUUUCAAGCUUAUCUUUGGACAACUAACGUUAAAGAUUGUUGGUGAAGCUAGUUUCACUUUAACUGAAAAAAAAAAGGUUUUACGCAGUAUCAAUAAAAAAACUGUAAUUAAAUAAUUUCAAUGUUCGAAAGCAACGACAUUUAAAGAGAUUAGACUAAUAAUACAAACUAUUACCAUGAAGUCAUCCACGUCACCGACUUUGCGGGGGAUAUGGGCGUGGUAUUCACGACGACGAGAUUAAUGAAUCACAUCGCUUCCCGCCAUCAGCAGUAUGACGUAAUGUGACAUAAAAUCAGUAAAAUUCGGAAUUUUUGUCGCUUUUUGUUUUGUGUUGCACGUUUUGUGUCUGCAUGCCGACUGCCGACCGAUUAUUAGUAGAGGUCACUAGACCACAGCGAGGUUGAAGGGGAAAGCUUAGCAACCGAGUUAUUGUUGAUCUAUCUCUUAAAUUUCUUGAUGCCAAAUAAUCUUUGCCAUUCUAUCAUCCUAAAAUAAUAUAUAACUUCAUCUUAUGCACAGGACACAGAUCUUUAUUCAGCGCAUUCAGUGCAAUAUUUAUGUUUAAGUGCUUCAUUCCAAUUUAUGAGUAAUUAUGUUAGUUUGUGCCACAUAAUAUUGUAAUGUAUAUACAAUAUACAUCUCUCUAGAUAGUUCUAAUGUUAUUAAUUAUUAGGGAAUUUUAUUUAUAUAGUAGAGCUAUGUAUAGAUUAUAAUUAAAGUAAUAUUAAGUGUUCCUCUUCGUUGCGUAAAGAGCUUCCCUAUGACAUCCACACAAUAUCCUACCAUAGAAUAUAUUUAAUCUUUGUUCUUCUAGCAAUGGAUGUUGUUUUUGGCAGUAAAUAUAGUACACUGAGGCCUAGAGAAGAUUAAUUUUGUCUACCGAAUGAUAGAGAAUUCACAACGUAAGUUGAAUGCAGACGAUUUCACUACGAUGGUCGUAAACAUAAAAUGACACCAAAACAUUAAAACAAACGAAAAAUAUUAUAUUCAAAUUCAUUUGAUAAGUACAAUGAAGCAAAAGUAAAGAUAGCUUAAUUGGGAUAACACAUAGGUGUUAAUCCCAAAUCAAUUGGGACACAAAAACAAAUUUACUUGCGAAUUGAAAGAUUUAAUGAAAUCUGUCUGUCUGUAUGUCUUCUUAUUUAUUGGUAGGUUUCCAUUAGAUUUUAUAAACCAAAAAUUGAAAGAUUUGCAUUACAAUUAAGGCGAAAAUGUUUUAAAAAAGCCAUUUUUAAAUAUAAAGUUAAUCAUUUAUAUGAUAUUUUUGAACCAUUUUGAUGCAGAUUGUAGGUUUUACUUAACGCUAGAUUUAAUGUAUUAGCAUUUCUAUCCUAGAUAUUUUACUGAAUUUGUUUGUGAUAUAAUUAAUACCAAUGGUAUGAUAGUAGUACAAAAUACAUUUAAUUAAUUGGGAUUUUUGUUGAAUGCAUAAUUAUUCUUUGUACAUUGUGGUGUCGAGACACAGAGGUUAGUUUCAAUAGAUCUUAUAGCGUCAUAGCUCAUUGUAAAUAUUACGAUUGUUUUAGGAUUUUAACACAAUUUGAUCAAUUGAAAGAAAUCGAUACAGAUCUGUAAGUUUAAACUCAAUGACACCAAUGUGUUUUGUUAUUGAAUGUUUAUGUAUCAAAUAAACAAAUUAAUCUCGU